GGAAUUUAUAUAGAGAAAUCGGUGCGCCAGUCUCCUUUUCGUUCUGUUCGCCUUUGCUAUCGGUCGUGAGUUUUUGGUUUCUUGCUACGUCGCCGUCAUGUUUGGGUAUGCUACGCUUUUCAGCGCUCUUGCGAGCGCUGUGUCUGCUGGAACGAUCCUUUGGGAUGGCCGCUUCAACGAGAUGAAGUCUAGCGCAGAUCUCAACAAUUGGUCAUGGGCCAACCAAGUCGGAAACUACCAGUACUACAUCCACGGAUCCGGCGCCGUCACCAAAUACGUGAACCUUGACGCGAAAUUCAAGAAUCCUGCAGACACUGGCUCCAAGCAGGGUGCCAAGAUCACCAUCGACAGCACCGCGAAAUGGAACUCGGAUAUGUGGAGGACCGAGCUCAUUCCUCAGACCAAGGCCGCUAUCAACUCUGGAAAGGUUUACUACCACUUCUCGAUCAAGCGGUCAACGACGAAUGUCCCGAGUGCGACGAAUGAGCAUCAGAUCUGCUUCUUCGAGAGCCAUUUCACGGAACUAAAGUACGGGUGGGUCAAUGGUGAAUCCGGAACUAGCAACACGAACCUGCAGUGGAUGGUCGGCGGACAGAGCAAGUGGAAGGUCGAGCUCUUGGCAGAUGUUUGGCACAAUGUUGCUUAUGAGAUUAACUUCUCUUCCAAUUCCGUUACCUUCUGGCACUCCACCGGCUCAGACCCACUCACCAAGACCGCUGGCCCGUUCUCUGGCAGCACCUCCUCAAACGGUGCAGACUGGCAUCUCGGUGUGCUACGUCUCCCACGCGCUGGCAAUGAUGGCACUGGUGCUGAGGACUGGUACUUCAGUGGCGUCUACAUCGAGAGUGGCGACUUAACCACAGCGAUCGCCAGUCCCGGUGGUGCGGGCGCGAGCACAGGUACGACUGACCCAGGCGCGGGCUCUCCCGCCACCACAGCUGUUUCUUCUUCUAUCCCCUCUUCCGUAGUAGUGUCUCAGUCGACUACUUUGGUAACAAGUGCUAAGCCUGAGCCUUCGAGCCCGACUGUUGGUACUGUGAAGCAAUACGGCCAGUGCGGGGGUAGUGGCUACACCGGGGAUACGAAUGUAAGUGUUAGUCUUGGAUCUUCAGUAAUAACAUAUUUAACAACCAUCUAG